AUGUUUUUGCUUGUUAUUAUUUUAUUGUUUCACUGUUUUCUUAGCGUUGCACAGCAAGAGAAACAUUCCCUCCACUUCAAGUUUACAGUCCUUUCCAAAGCAGACACAUUCCCAGAGUUCAGACAGAUCAAACAUUACAGUAAUGAAGAUCAAUCCUGGGUCAGAUCGAGUCUGACUGCAGAUGACUGGACUGAAGCUCCUGAAGCACCUGAUUCUAGAGACUGGUUCCUACAUCAGAUCAGGACUCUGUCAGACUGCACACAGUGUUCUGAGCUCCAUGUUCUUCAGAGAAUGAUUGGUUGUGAACUGGAGAAGCUUCCUGAUGGAACAGUGAGUCUGAGAGCAUUUGAUGAAUAUGGAUUUGAUGGAGAGGAUUUUAUGGCCUUUGAUUCUGACACUCUGCAGUGGAUUGAUAAAAAUCCCAAAGCUAAAGAAACCAAAAUAAAAUGGGAUCAGCAAACAGAACGAAACCAAUUCCUCAAGCAAUACCUCAGCCAUUCAUUAACUCAGUCAUUCAGUCAGUCAGUUACUUCACCAGAUGUUCGUGUCUUUGUGAAGAACGCUCCUGAUCAAAGUAAGCUGGUUCUGAGCUGUCUGGCCACUGGUUUCUACCCCAGAGAUAUUGAGAUGUACAUUAGGUUGGACGAAUCUGUUCUUGUGAACCAAACAUCUUCUGGAAUCAGACCAAAUGCUGAUGGAUCCUUUCAGAUGAGAACCAGUAUGGAGAUUGAAGCAAAUCGCACAGGGAUUUAUCACUGUCUGGUCAUUCACAGCAGUCUGACUCAGACACAGCCGAUUGUAACAGUUAUUUAUGAUGCUUUUUUAUUUUCUUCAACAGAAUGUCUGUGGUCUUUUAUAGCAGGAAUAAUAGCAGCAGCUGUAGUUAUAUUUCUCUUUGUGAUUGGUUGCUGCAUCUACCAAAAGAAAAAGUCAUAUGCUCUGAUGAGAAGUUACUCGGUUAAGUUGGAGUGAUUGUUCAGAUCCCCAGUCCAGCGAG